CUUCGGGAUAACGAAUUUGGGCUAUCAAAACCCCAUCGGAGGCAAUAUGUUAGUGAGUCCAAGAUUGUCUGCUUCUCCCCGUGAUGAGGUGGAUUCAAGGAGCUGGGAUAAACAGUCAGGACUGCCCUCUAUCCAAGUCCAGAGGGGACCCCCAAAAUGCACUGAUACCGGCAGUAUCUACAACCAGCCUUCUCCCUUCAGCCCAGACAUACACCAAGGGAGCCAGGGGCGAUACAGAGAGAUGCUCAAACGGGUUCAGAUACCAAGAUCCCCGAAUCAGCUGUACUCAGUGCCCCUGACAGACAGCCAGCAGUGUGGAUGGUGGAUGUUUAAUGGAGGCCAAGGAAAGAUGCAUGAACCCUGGACCCAAGUCAGACGAUUCCCCCGCAAGAACAGUGAAAUGACCAAGUUUGUGAAAGAGAUGUCAAUGACGGACCGAGAGUUCAGCUUAUUCUGAUUUCCACUCCUGCAGUAACACACACAAUCCCAUCCAAAGACCUCUGGGACCUUUACACUGUAAGGACUAUUGUGGUUUAAUAAACUGAGACAUUUUCAUCAUAGCAUGUUAUUUAUUUUUGUGAGCUACUGUAUCAGGUUGUCAAUUGACCUCUGCCUUUCAACUGGUAAAAUUGAGCUGUUACCUCUCUCUAGAGGAAUACAAUUGUAAUGCGCUUGAGGAAAUAAGAGUAUUUUGUUUCAAUAAUUAGU